AAUAUUUCUAAGCUCAAAUUAGCUGCUAGCGCUGUUCCGCCAGAUAACUCGUUCGAAGGGACCAGCCUCGCAGUUUUCAUGCCUGCUGGGCAGUAAGGCCCCUAGCUCUAGGGGCCAUUAGCAUUGUAGCUGUAGUAAUUUUGCCAGCCAUGUCAGCGGAAGUGGCGACCACCAGCGGGCUGGGCGCGCCCGCUGCACCGACGCUGAAGGCGUCACGCGCGGCUGCCCUGGGCCUCCAACUGCCUAAGGAACCGUUGCCGGCUCACAUCCCCAAGAUUGUGCGGGUGGAGCGGAAGCACACUCUCAAGGGCCACGCAGACUCGGUCACCAGCCUCUGCUUCUCACCAGACUCAUUCUUGCUAGCGUCGGGCAGCGAUGACAACACCGUGCGCAUGUGGGACGUCCAGUCAGGGAACUUGCGCACCAUCUUUACGGGCCACAACGCUAAGGUGCACGCACUCAACUUCAUCGGCUCAGGCACCAUCCUGUUUAGCGUAUCAAAAGACCGGACAAUCAUUGAAUGGGACUUGCUGCGCGGCAUUCUGCGGAUGACGCUAGAAGGCCACGCGGCGCCGGUGUACGGCGUGUGCGUGUCCAAGGACAGCCAGAAGAUCAUCACGUGCAGCCACGACGAGACGAUACGGGUGUGGGAAAUCAUGAAGGGGAACCUGCAGAAGACGGUGAAGGCGCACACCAGCACCGUGUACAGCGUCGUGCUCAGCCCGGACGGGAAGCUGCUAGCCACGGCGUCGGCGGACAAGACCGUCAAGGUGUGGGAGCUGGGGACAGGCGAGCUGAAGGACACGCUCAUAGGGCACACCAGCCACGUGGUGGGCGUGGCAUUCACACCGGACGGGAAGAAGCUGCUGUCGUCGGGCUGGGACGAGACCAUCAAGUGCUGGGACGUGGAGACCGGCGAGGUGCUGCACACCUUCACCGGACACCAGGGCAAGGUGCACUGCGUGUGCACGGCGCCGGACGGGGACACGUUCUUCAGCGGCGGCGAGGACAAGACCAUCAAGCUGUGGCGCAUCAGCACGGGCGCCUGCUUCCACACCAUCCAGCCCGACCCGCUGGGCAAGACGGCCCACUCGGACGAGGUGCUGGCGGUGGCCAUCGCCCCCGACCAGUCCAUCAUGGCCAGCGCCAGCGCCGACAACUCGAUUCGCACGUGGAAGGUCAUUGGCCUGUGAGCAGCGCAAGGCAGCGCAGGGUGGCGGCCGCCAGCGGGAAGGAAAGGGCGGUGCAAUAAAGACGUGGUAGAGUAGCAUACGAUUGAGGAGUUCGGACGAGGAUGACAAGGGACUGACUCGCAAGAAAGCCUGGCGCUUCGCCGGACCUGGCAUUCCAAGCAUGUGCGGCGUCUGCGGGCAGCGCGGCCCGCUGGAGCAGGACUGGGAGCAACUCUGUACUGGCGGUAAUGGCAGUGCCAAGGUGCUCUGACUGGCGAGCGGGGUGAUUGCGGGGUGAUGGAGGAUGACGCGUGACGGCCGGCAACGUGGCCACAUGUUCAGGGAGCAAGGAGUCAGCAGCUGGGGCGACUGGCUCGUCCGACGCUACCCGGGGCAGGGCGCAGUGAGGUCCUUGUGGCACGUGCGGAACCUCCGCAGCCUGGGCAGAGCAGCGGGGAAGCUUUCGCAAAGAAAAGGAUCUAGGGCAGGAUAGGACGGAGGUCAACGCUGUCGCGGCGUCUUAAUCCAAUGUUCAACAUGUUGUGUGCAUUAAUUGUGAGGUGCUGGCGGGUGGAGUGGGCUUCGGUGAUUACGCGCACCUGACCGCGGUGCCCACAUUUGAGCUUGGGAACGGGGUGUGCGGGGCUUGUUUUGGUGACGCUCACGAUUACGUACAUAUAUGCACCACGCGAUCGACUCAAGGGAGGCGAUGGGUCAGGUGCUGGCCCCAUUGGUGAAGCCGUGGGCAUUGCUGAGGGGAGGCCAUGCCGCCGUCGGAAGCUGAGGAAGCCUGGGUCAGAGCAGCAGUCGGAUUGCUGCGGCUGCCAGACCAUGGUUGUAUACUUGACUGACUG